AUGUGCCUUGCUCUUUUCUUUGCCAUAGAUAAAUUGGAGCACUACAUGCAAGCAUAUAUGGUUCGUUUGAUAGCAAAUGCAGACCCGAUCAAAUAUGUCCUCUCCAGGCCAGUGGUUUCGGGUCGUAUAGCUCGAUGGGCAGUCUUGCUUCAACAAUAUGACCUUACAUGCGUUCCACAAAAAGCUGUCAAAGGACAAGUAUUGACAGAUUUCUUAGCUAAUCACCCAGUUCCGUCUGAUUGGGAGUUUUCUGAUGAUUUCCCGGAUGAAAAUGUGUUUUACAUUGAAGUAAUGCCACCAUGGGUGAUGUUUUUCAAUGGGGCUGGACGUCAAGAAGGAGCGGGGGCAGGUGUAGUGUUUGUUUCUCCACAAUGGCAAAUACUUCUUUACUUGUUCUCAUUAAGCGAACUCUACUCUAACAACGUAGCCAAAUAUCAAGCAUUGAUCAUUGGUCUACAGAUGGCUAUCGAGAUGGCCAUAUCACAACUUGAGAUCUUGGGAGACUCCAAAUUAGUUAUCAACCAAAUCUUGGAGCAAUAUGACAUCAAGAAAGAAGACCUCAUCCCCUAUUGCAAAUAUGCGAAGAAGUUGCUAGCAAAUUUUGAAGCCAUCACAUUGGAGCAUAUACCGAGGAAGGAGAAUAGACAGGCUGAUGCUUUAGCUAAUUUGGCUACUGCCUUAGCAUUAUCCCAAGAAGAGACAACCAAAGUCGUUAUUUCCCUAAGGUGGGUGGUACCUCUUAUGGUUGAAGAAGAAGAACAAGAGCAAACCAACAUCAUUUCUGUAUGCCUUGUCGAAAAAGAAGAUUGGCGACAAGUGAUCAUUGAAUACCUUCAACAUGGAAGACUCCCGGAUGAUAAACGCCACAAGACCAAAAUUCGGAGGAGGGUUGCUCGAUUCAUUUAUUAUAAAGACAUUCUCUUCCGCCGUUCAUUUGAUGGAUUGUUUAUCUGUUGCUUAGGAGAGGAGGAGGCUAAACAAGCCUUAGAGGAGGCUCAUUCUGGAAUAUGCAGCGCACAUCAGUCAGGUCCUAAGUUACACUAUAGGAUCAAACGAAUGGGUUACUAUUGGCCUAUGAUGGUACAAGAUUCUAUGGAAUGCGCUAAGAAGUGUGAAGCUUGUCAAUAUCACGCGAACUUCAUCCAUCAGCCGCCAGAACCUCUAUACCCAACUAUGGCUUCUUGGCCUUUUGAUACAUGGGCGCUUGAUGCAAUAGGGCCAUUACCAAAGUCAUCCGGUGGCCACUUGUACAUCUUGGCCGCAACUUACUACUUCUCAAAAUGGGCGGAAGUUGUACCCCUUAGGGAAGUGAAGAAAGAAACAGUGGUCAAUUUCAUUCAAACUCACUUGAUCUAUCGGUAUGGUGUCCCUCGGUAUAUCAUAACUGAUAAUGGCAAACCAUUCUACAAUAGGCUGAUGAUAGAGCUAUGUGAAAAGUUUGAAUUUAAACAAUACAACUCCUCCAUGUACAAUGCCCCGGCAAAUGGACUAGCUGAAGCGUUUAACAAAACACUUGGCAGUUUGUUGAAAAAAGUGGUAUCCAAGACAAAGCGAGACUUGCAUGAAAGAAUCGGAGAAGCAUUAUGGGCAUAUCGAACAACAUUUCGAACGCCUACUCAAGCAACGCCAUAUUCUCUUGUCUACAGAGUGGAAGCCGUCCUUCCUUUAGAAUGCCAAAUCCCAUCAUUACGGAUUGCCAUUCAAGAAGGUUUGACUGGAGAAGAAAAUGCCAAGCUCAGGUUCCAAGAAUUAGAGGCACUUGAUGAAAAAAGGCUCGAGGCCCAACAACGCCUUGAAUGCUAUCAAACUCGUCUUUCAAGCACAUUCAAUAAAAGAGUCAAACCACGAUCAUUCCAAGUUGGUGACUUAGUCCUCGUUGUUCGAAGACCUAUCAUCAUAACUCAUCGUACAGGCAAUAAGUUCACUUCAAAAUGGGAUGGACCUUAUGUUGUGCAAAAAGUCUAUACCAAUGGAACUUACAAGUUGAUUGAUAAUGAAGGUCGUAGUGGUUGGACGCCUGUGUCGCCCUUGAGGCCAAGGUCUCGGGUUCGAUUAGUGGUGAUAUCCACUAUUGCACAAUUGGUACCCAUAAAAUACUGUGGGGCGUGGGGCGAGGAUUACACACAUGAGCCCUCCUUUUUUGCCAAAGAAAACAAGAUUGAUCUAGACUUCAAUGAAGUUGUCAGGUCAAACCAUAUGACCAUUGCUUAUGAUGUACUUCCAACUUUCAAGCAAGGGGCAAACACUAACCAAGCUCACAAGUUGAUCAACAAUGAUGAUGCAAGGAUCGGCCCCAUCAAUGGAAAGUUCCUCAAACGCUUCUAUGCUUGA